GCAUCAUCGGCUUCACUCAUCACGGAACAAACGCAACUUGCAGCCUUGCCUAGGGAAGGGAAGGGAAGGGAAGGGAAGGCAAGCGAAGGCGAGCUCUCUCUCGAGUCUUGACCUCCCGAGCUUCACUUCACUGCGGGCCGCCGUUGCUUCUGCUUCACUUCCACCCACACGCCCGCCCCGCGCCGGCGCCAAGCCAAGCCGCCGUCCCCGGCCCUCUCUUCUCCUCGGUCUCGCCGGGGCGGGGCGCCCAAACCUUGACAGGAAGGCAGAGGGCAGCAGGCCGCUUCCCCUCUUCGCCUCGGAUCUCGCCCCCGAUUUGCUCCGCCCCGCUCCUCCUCCCCACCACGAUUCUCUCCAUCCAGCACAGGCCACUCGAGACUCAGCUGCUGCCCAUCUGGAUCCGACCGCCCCAUUCCGCUCCUGCUCCCGCUGCCUCCCCGACCCGACCGUCGACCGCCCAUUUCGUUCAGGCUCAGGCUCACAGCUGCUGCUAGCCACUAGCAUGGCCGCCGGGGGAGGCCACGCCGACGACAUGCUGGGCUUCAAGGAGGACGACGCCAUGCGCUUCAUCUUCGGCGAGGACAUCAUGGGAAUGGAGGACCACGGCGCCUUCGACAGAUCGCUCUUGGAGCUUCAGGUUUUCAAGGAGGUCUUCUGCGGUGCCGCCGCCACCACCCAUCUGCCCGCCGAGAUGGACCUUGGAUUCGUCCACACCGCCGCCGCCCACCUCAAGCCCACGGAGACCUCGACCUUUCCCUUUCCCUUUCCCUCCCAUGCGCAGCACCAGCCUGCCGCUGCCACUGCUGAUCCACACCAUACAAUGGAUCAUAGUCGUCAGCCAAACAAUGGGCCUCACCACGACCUUCAUCUCCAGGUUCAGGAGCACGCGCACCCUCGUGCGCAGCAAAACGGGACCGACCUGGACGCUGCUGCCUUUCUGCAGGGAUUCAUGGGUUCCUGGCAGCCUGGGGAUAAGUGUGCCACUCAUCCGCUCGGCCUCUCCGAUGACCAACACCAAUUCGGCCUCUCAGAUGACCAAAACCAAUUCAUCGGCUCAGAUGCUGCUCACAGCAUUUUGGAUGUGCACACGCAAGAUGUUGGGGCUGGGAUGUGCAACACACUCGGGCUGGGUUGCAGCAGCAGCACUAGCGCGGUCGAUGACCCCAUGCCUUCCUACAUAGAAGCGCUAGCGGAGAUUUCUGAAUUCCAGAGUUCCACUCUCCUUUCAGAUCCCUUUUUGCAUCAGUGGCUCCAGGAUCAGCAGCAAUUCCCUAGCAAUGCGUGCUUCGCUUAUGAUCAAGGCCAGAUGGAUGACACCACUUAUCCCCUAUGUGCAAGUACAAAGGAUUUCUCUGACAGAGGGGGAGUAGAGCAGCAUCUGUUUUAUAGUGAAGAAGCUCAUAGUACUCCGACAAUACCUCAGCAGUCCCAGUUUUGGUUCAGCCCUGGUCAGUUCACCCAGCUCGAUGGCACCAUUUGCCAGAAUGGCACCCCUGAUGCGAAUAUUAGUUGCCUGGAUGAAAUUGAUGUUCAUGGAAGCGGCAGCGCAGUACACUCUGGCUCGGCAGCUGCUGUUUCCAAGAAGGCACUGGGCAGGGAUAUUCCUGACCAGCUGGAAGCACAUGCACAUCGUCUUUUUAAGGAUUCUGGAUGGACUAUUAAGCCACGUAAAAGGAAUGACAGGGCUAAGAUGGCAUCCUAUUUCACAGCUCCAAACAGGGAAGCGGUUCAUACCUCACUAACCCAGGCUUGGAAGUUUUGUGGCAACAAAUUAUAUGAAGCUUCCCCAGAUUCAGAAAGGGGAAAGUAUCCAAAGGAGUGGUCAGAUGUUGAUGCGUUUUGGAAGGAUCUCACAGAUACAAUGGCCUAUGUUGAUAGGAUGCUUGCGAACCAGCAAAAUGCACUCACGCUUCUGCAGCGCUGGCAGAUUUUGGAUCCUUUUGUAGCUGUUGUGUUCAUCAGUAGGAAAAUCACUGCUCUGCAGCAACAUAAAACUCUGAGAGCUGUCGACAGUUCAACCUUUGUUCUUGAUGGCAGCUCAGAUAUGUCAUUGGAAAGUAAGACCAUGCACAAAGCCAGUGAGCUUUUGGCAAGCCGAAUGAUUCAGCUGACUCCACUGAUCACAGACUCUGAUUGCAGCACACUUGCAACUGAGAGCUACAAUGGGCAUCAGUCUUUACAAAGCUGUCAUGAUGUGGAAGACAGCAACGAUAGGGAUACGAACCCAAAGCUUUCCUGCAACGAGAGUCUGAAUUACAAUGCAACUGACCAGACAAAACAUCACAUUGAUGCAAGUGACCAGACGAAACAUCACAUUGAUGCAAGUGAUGAUGGACGGCAAACUUGUGCUCAACCAAAUGCUCUUAAUAGCUCUGUAAAAAAGUCAAGGAAGAAAUCGAAAAAAACAUUUGAUAUUAGCUCAGCUGGACUGGAUGGGACCAAUGUAGCAACCAUGGACAUGGCUGACCCAGGAAACACCAAUGCCUUUGAGGAACACGGUAUGUGUUCAGGUUUUGGAACACUAAAAGACGAUAUGAAAGCUGAAACAAAAUCAGAAAAGCUAGAUAAAGAUGACCAAGGCAGGAAGUGUGACAUGCUCCUCUCUUCAGUGAGCAAGCAACUUAAGGAUUACAAUACAUUCCCAGAAACUCACUGUACUACAAGGGAGUCACAGUCAGAUGCCACAGCGUUCUGCCAUGAUGACAAGGUCUGGAAAAAGAUACUCCCAUCCCAUGGAGAAUUUUAUGAGGAUUCACAAAGUGAUCCAACAGGAAAUACUGUACCCGUUGAGUUAUCCCAUGAAUCUAGUGCUGAUGUUCUGGGAACUUAUCUAGCAUGUGACUCACAAAUCUGCAAGAGAGGCACUGCCAAAAUGAAACCAAAGGGUUGGUUGAAGUACAUGAAGAAAAGACCUCGUGAGUUGCGGAUCAAUGAUGAGGACCUUUUGAUCACAGCUAUAGUGAAAAACAAGGAUCUUGGCACCUGCCAUAAAUUUGCUUCAGGCUUUUCAGCUGCAAAGAAGUUCAAGAAGCUGAAGAGCCACAAAAAAGGCAACAAGCUAAUUUCCAAAAUCGGGAAAGCUGGCACAAACCUAUUGGGUGGAAAGAGAGUAAGUUUGGCCCGCAAAACUGUAAUCUGCUGGUUGCUUGCGACUGGCUUUCUGACCGUAAAAGAUGUGAUACAGUACCGGGAUCCAAAAAGUAAUGAAGUUAUAAAGGAUGGGCUGGUUACCUGGGAAGGUGUUGUUUGCAAUUGCUGCAAAAAAACCUUAUCUGUGUCUGGUUUUAUGGCUCAUGCUGGUUUUAGUCACCCACAGUCCUCAUUGGGCCUCUUUCUAGAGUCUGGCAAGUCAUACACCUUGUGCCAGGUUGAGGCUUGGUCUGCUGAAUUUAUGAGCAGGAGAAGCAAUGCAUGGGGUAGAAAAGUUGAGGCAAUAGAUGAAAGUGAUGACACCUGUGGUUUCUGUGGAGAUGGUGGUGAAUUACUUUGCUGUGACAAUUGCCCAUCAACAUAUCAUCCAGCUUGCUUGUCUGCUAAGGAGCUUCCAGAAGGUAGUUGGUACUGUCAUAAUUGCACUUGUCAGAUAUGUGGAGGACCAGUUAGUGAAAAGGAGGUUUCGACAUUCUCGGCUAUUUUCAAAUGUUUCCAAUGCGGAGAUGCAUACCAUGACACUUGCAUUGAACAAGAGAAGCUACCUCUUGAGGAUCAAAUAUCUCAGACAUGGUUUUGUGGGAAAUAUUGUAAAGAGAUAUUCAUAGGGUUGCGUAGUCAUGUCGGGACAGAGAAUAUUCUUGACAGUGAGCUUUCAUGGUCCAUAUUGAGAUGCAACAAUGACGGGCAGAAGCUACACUCUGUUCAGAAGAUUGCCUGUCUGGCAGAAUGUAAUAUGAAAUUAGCAGUGGCUCUUACUCUAUUAGAGGAAUGUUUCAUUCGUAUGGUGGAUCCUAGAACUGGUGUGGACAUGAUACCCCAUGUUUUAUACAACAAGGGAUCAAACUUUGCUCGUGUGGAUUAUCAGGGAUUCUAUACUGUAAUCCUGGAGAAAGGUGAUGAAAUUUUAUGUGUGGCUUCUAUCAGAGUACAUGGGACUAAAGCCGCUGAGCUGCCUUUUAUUGCUACUUCUGUAGACUAUCGACGGCAAGGAAUGUGCCGAAUUCUAAUGAACAUCAUUGAAAAGAUGCUCUGUUCAUUUAAUGUUAAGAUGUUGGUCCUUUCUGCCAUCCCAGAGUUGGUUAGCACAUGGGUGUCAGGAUUUGGCUUCAAACCUAUCGAAGAUGCUGAAAGGAAACAACUUCAUAAUGUAAACUUGAUGUUGUUUCCUGGAACAUCGUUACUAACUAAGAGAUUGGAUGGAUUUAUUAUGGCCACAAAACCAGGUGAGGCAAAGGAUAUACAUGAAGUUUUUGGAGUACCAAAUGGUAAGUUUAUGCCUAAUGGGAAAGCAAGUGAGCACUUCGAACUCCAUGACCUUGACUUGUCCGGGACAGAGUUUAAAGCUGAGGUUUCCAUGAGUGGUCCAUUCAGAACACUGAAACAUGAAUGUGGUUCAGCAGCAUGGUUUCAGUCUACUAAGUUAGCUCUUGGGGAAGUGUGAUAUUCUUACACACAAAAUAUCUGGGCUCAUGCCCUCCAUCAACACUAGCUUGUGUUGGCCAAUUUCGUCUUCCCACCUCAUGGUUCAACUUGAUUUAUAGCAGCAAAAUCAUUCAAACACUUGCUGCUGUAUGCAUUCAUCUUUUUCAAGUAAGUUCUCACGAGGCUGCUGGGAAAUAGAUUGGAUGAGGCAGGCAUCCAAGAAUAUGGAUUGAGCAAAGUUGAAGAAACCACAGAUUGAUCUAUUCUAUUCUGCAUGGAGAAAAUUUGAAGUUAUGGAGGCCAUGCUAAAAACUUUCUCUCUCCUGGGUGAAGUGCUCUCUUGAGAUAGGGUGAUCGAGUGUGACAUUUCUUGCACGUUGAACAUAGAGGAUGUAUUUGUAUACCAUGGAGCUUAAUGUACAAAGUGUAACGCAUUCGGCCUUUUUCAAAGUAAGUCAUGACAGGAAGUAAUCUAAGUUGUUUAGUAUACAUCAAAAGGGUACUGCAGGAACAUGGUAGACCUUUUGAUCUGAAUCUGAGGGAUAUGGAUCCAUGUAGCCAGCCAUCCAAACGGUUCGGGGGCAUGGAAAAGAGGAGAGGGUAUAUGAGGGCCAAACUUGCAGAUUGGACUCUUGUCACAGUAUAUAGUUAACUAGAGAGAAAGAAAAAGCUGAUGCUACUCCUGAAUGCAGGCGCUGAUGGAAUGAUAUGGUAUAUUUAAGUUGAGGCCACAGCAAGUCCAAAUGGUAUUGCAACUGUAGGCAGGCUGAUGGUCAUGGGUGCUAAGGUGAUAAAUUGGUGUUGUAAUCCUUGCAGCUACGAAACGAUUGUUCAGAAUGAAGUUGAAGCUUUUGACGAAUCCCC